CAGACGGGUUGAUCUGAAGUCUGCAGCAGCUGUCAGGAUGAAGCGCAGUCUGUCAUCUCUGGAGUUCCUCCUCGCCAUCGUGGUGUCUCUUCUACUCGUCUGCUGUGUUGGACUGAUCGUCCUGUCGUGGAUCAGCCUGAAGACUGAAGGUGGCGUUGAGCCGGCGGUGCUGAGCGGUCAGAUGGUGAUCACAGACGGUGCCGUUUUCUCUGACGAGCUGAAAAAUUCCAGCAGCCUGAAGUUUAAAUCUCUGGCCUUCGACGUCCAACAGCUGGUGUCAGAGGCGUUCGGUCACAGCGAGCUCAGACUGGAAUUUAAGUCCUGUCAGGUUUUAGACUUCAGUCGGGGCAGUGUGGUGGUGACCUCUGACCUCUGGUUCAAUCAGCUGAUUGAUGUGAAGGAAGUGGAGCAGCAGCUGAGGGCGGGGCUUCAGGAGGCCGAGGGCACGGGAUUGGUCAUUGACAGAAACAGCAUCCGCAUCACAGAGAAACAUAACGAGACGACUGCAGCACCGACGAGUGUGACACCUACAACAGGUGAGACGACUGCAGCACCGACGAGUGUGACACCUACAACAGGUGAGGUGAAGCUCACCUGUACCUUUGAGGGCGGUCUGUGUUUCUGGCAGCAGCAGCAGGACGACGACGGUGAUUGGAUUCGAACCAGCGGCGCCACGUUUCCUCCACUGAGUGGCCCGAGUGUCGACCACACGCUCGGUAACCAAUCAGGUUUCUACAUCGUCACUCCUCUGAGCCCAGGCCAAUGGCUGAAGAGCUUCAGGAUCCACAGCCUCCCUCUGACUCCGCCCGCACAGCCCAUGUGUCUGAGCUUCUGGUACCACAUGUUCGGAGACGACGUCCACCGUCUCAGAGUCCUGCUGUCUGACCCCAACGUCACUGUGGUGUUCCAGAGAGAUGGCAACUAUGGCAACAACUGGAACUACGGCCAGGUGACCCUCAACCUGACGAUGGAGACAACGGUGGUGUUUGAAGCUCUAAAGAAAGGAGGGCUGAGGAACGACAUUGCUCUGGAUGACAUCACACUUACCUCUGAGCCCUGUGGCCCCGCCCCCCCUGAACCAACCAAUGUACCGCCGCCAACAACCAUGCCCCCUAUACCAGCUGACUGCGGAGGACCCUUUGACCUCUGGGAGCCAAACUCCACCUUCAGCUCACCAAACUACCCGCAAUCCUACGGGAACGAGGCUCAGUGUCGGUGGACCCUCCACGCCCCUGAUGGUCAGAACAUCCAGCUCCACUUCCUGGACUUUGACGUUGAAGCGACCUAUGAUGUCGUAGAGGUGCGGGACGGGGCAGGGCCAAACUCCACCUUACUGGCUGUCCUCACUGGCAGCGAUGGCCCCGCCCACGACUUGUUCUCAACAACCAAUCAGAUGACACUGUGGUUCUUCACGGACGAGUUGGGACACGGCCGUGGAUUCAGGGCCAACUUCACCUCAGGGGUGGACCUGGGGUCACCAGCUGCGUGUGCAGCUGGUCAGUUCCAGUGUCAGACAGGAAGCUGUAUCCAUGGUAACGGUCAGUGUGAUGGCGAGGUCGACUGUCCCGACGCUUCUGAUGAAGCCGACUGUGUUGUGUUACAGCGGAACGAUUCCAGUCGUCUCCAGUUACAAAUUGUUUCCUCUCUGCUCACCGUGUGUGCCGACACCUGGACCUCUCACCUCACUGACUUCACCUGUCAGUACCUGGGACACAGGUCAGGGGACGCCACAUUGCUGCCCGCUCUGCCACAAGAUUCACCAUUUGCAAUCGUCACAGUCACCAACAACAGAACACUGGAAACCAACGUCAGUGAAACCUGCAGCAGUGACAAGGUGGUGUCUCUGACCUGCGACAACCAACCUUGCGGCGUCCGACAGGUUGUUAAUGACACGGUGGAAACGGACCAAUCAGCAGAGAGGAAACCUGGUGAAGGUGAGGCCAGAGUGGUAGGCGGAGUUAAUGCGGUGAAGGGGGCGUGGCCAUGGAUCGUAUCUCUUCAUUGGAGGGGGCAUCACUUGUGUGGAGCCUCUCUGAUUGGCAGAGACUGGCUGCUGACGGCGGCACAUUGUGUCUACGGGAAGAACGUCCACCUUCAGUCGUGGUCAGCUGUUCUGGGUCUUCACUCUCAAAGUGACAUGAGCUCUGUGGAUGUUCAGACCCGAAGAGUCGAUCGCAUCGUCAUCAACCGAGAGUACAACCUCCAGACCAAACAGGCUGACAUCGCCAUGAUGCAUCUGCAACAGCCAAUCAGUUUCACCCAGUUCGUCCAGCCGCUGUGUUUACCUGCUGAGGGUCAGAACUUCACCGCAGGGACCAGAUGUCUGAUCGCUGGAUGGGGACGAGUCGCUGAGCAGGGUUCCCUCCCUGAUGUCCUCCAGGAGGCCAAGGUUCCCCUGGUUCUUCAGGAGCAGUGUGGUCUUCAGUUACCUGAGUACACCAUCACCUCCAGCAUGCUGUGUGCUGGACACCCUGAGGGCGGAGUCGACUCCUGUCAGGGCGACUCUGGAGGUCCACUGGUCUGUCUGGAUGAUGGACAUUGGACUCUGAUUGGUGUGACAUCAUUUGGUUAUGGCUGUGGACGUCCUCAGAGACCUGGAGUCUACGCCCGAGUGUCUGCCUUCACCUCCUGGAUUGCCCAGACCAGACGCUCCUCCUCCUCCUCCUGAUGAUUUGAUUUAUAAAUCAAUAAAAAAUCAUAUAAUUAAUCAAUAUUCUGUCUCAAAUUAUUUAUUUAACUGAUAAUUAGCCGUGUAAUAAGCGGGAUAAUGUAUAAUGAGCCGGUGAAUACUGGGAAAACAAGUCCCUUCAGGGGAAUAGAACCCCAACGCGCACUAUCCCUUACAUAAAGCACACAGUGUUUGUUGUUUGAUUAUUUACAAGAAGUAUUUUCAGUCUUCAUCUUCCUGUUUAUCAUCAUGACCUCUGUUGUUGUC